AUGCAUUCUUUCGUCGUUCUCGCUGUUUUCAUUGCAAGCGCGCUCGCUGCUGGGCCGCGUCCUACGUGCAACACUGAUGUCAAGGUCGCAACGACCGAUCUCUGCACGGACAUCGCAGAGAAGUGGGGCACGAACGUGACGGCGAUCCAGACGAUGAACGCUAACGCGACUUGUUCGCCGUCCGUCGGUAUUGAUAGCGUUUGUGUUCGCCAGCAAACCGUUGCGUGCACGCUGAAUGAGACGGCUUCUUCGACUACUUGCGAUGCCUUCCUGACCUCGUACAACCUGACCGAGGCCCAGUUCAUCCAGCUGAACAACGACGUGUCUGACUGCGACAGCCUUACUGUUGGCUCUACGUACUGCGUAAGCAACGUGUACUGCUUCCCCGGCAACACCGACGAGCUUUGCACCGGCCAUGUCACUCGUUAG